CCAACCCUGCACCGGCGCGGCCCAGUCCGGCCCCAUGUACCGCGCGCUGUAUGCUUUCCGCUCGGCGGAGCCCAACGCGAUGGCGUUCGCGGCGGGCGAGACCUUCCUGGUGCUGGAACGCAGCAGCGCACACUGGUGGCUAGCGGCGCGGGCGCGUAGUGGCGAGACGGGGUACGUGCCGCCUGCCUACUUGCAUCGCCUGCAGGGUGUGGAACAGGAUGUCCUCCAAGCUAUUGACCGGGCCAUCGAGGCUGUGCAUAAUGCAGCCAUGCGGGAUGGUGGCAAGUAUAGCCUGGAACAGCGUGGAGUCCUCCAGAAGCUGAUCCACCACCGCAAAGAGACCCUGUCUCGCAGAGGCCCCUCAUCUUCCAGUGCUGCAGUUAUGACCCCAUCCACCAGUGACCACCAUUUGGAUGCUGCCGCCACUAGGCAGCCCAACGGGAUGUGUCGAACUGGGUUUGAACGGCAGCACAGCCUGCCUAGUUCAGAGCAUCUUGGGGCAGAUGGAGCCCUCUACCAGAUCCCACCACAACCUCGCCGAGCAGCACCCACCACACCACCCCCACCAGUGAAGCGCCGAGAUCGUGAGGCCAUGGUGGUCUCUGGGAGUGGCAGCCGCAACACCACACCCUCCGGGGGUAGUUCUGUGUCCAGUGGCUCUUCAGUCAGCAGCACCUCCCUGGACACACUCUAUACCGGCUCCAGCCCCUCUGAGCUGGGCCCCAGCUGCUCACCCACGCCCCCCCCUGUGCCUCGCCGAAGCACCCAUACCACUGUGUCCCGAGCUCAGCCUUCUCCCUCCAAGGCACUAGCCCCUGAACCCCCUGCAGAGGAGGUGGCAGUUGGUACAACCUCAGCCCCUGAUGACCUGGAAGCCCUGAGUGCACUGAGCCUGGGGACCACAGAGGAGAAGGCAGUGGCUGAGACGGCUGUGCCAAGGACCAUUGGGGCAGAGCUGAUGGAGCUUGUGCGGAGAAACACUGGCCUGAGCCAUGAAUUAUGCCGAGUGGCUAUCGGUGUCGUGGUGGGUCACAUCCAGGCCUCCGUGCCGGCCAGUUCACCUGUCAUGGAGCAGGUCCUCCUCUCGCUGGUAGAGGGCAAGGACCUGAGUACAGCCCUGCCCUCAGGUCAGGUCUGCCAUGACCAGCAGAGGCUGGAGGUGAUCUUUGCAGACCUGGCUCAUCGGAAGGACGACGCCCAGCAGCGCAGCUGGGCCCUGUACGAGGAUGAAGGUGUCAUCCGCAGCUAUCUGGAGGAGCUGCUACAUAUUCUGGUGCGGGGUGGGGGCCCACGUGUGUCCUUAGCAUGUGGAGCAGUGACCCCUAUCCUGCACCAUCCCUCUUUAAUGCUUGGGAGUUUCCCCUGCACAUACAUGCUGAGCUCACUCCCAUGUGGCCAUACAGCUCAGCUCACACUGGGUGACUCUCACUGGGUGACUUCCUCCUUCCUACAGACUGAUGCAGACCCUGAAGUUUGCAAGAAAAUGUGCAAGAAGAAUGAGUUCGAGUCUGUCCUGGCCUUGGUGGCCUAUUACCAAAUGGAACACCGAGCGUCACUGCGGCUCCUGCUCCUCAAGUGCUUUGGUGCCAUGUGCAGCCUAGAUGCAGCCAUCAUCUCCACGCUUGUGUCAUCUGUGCUUCCUGUGGAGUUGGCACGGGACAUGCAGACUGACACACAGGACCACCAGAAGCUCUGUUACUCUGCCCUCAUCCUGGCUAUGGUCUUCUCCAUGGGAGAGGCAGUGCCCUACGCACACUAUGAACAUCUUGGCACACCCUUCGCCCAGUUCCUGCUGAGCAUUGUUGAGGAUGGGCUGCCCUUGGACACCACAGAGCAGCUGCUGGACCUCUGCAUGAAUCUGCUUUUGGCACUCAACUUGCACCUACAAGCACCUGACCAGAAUGUCAUCAUGGCUGCCCUGAGCACACACUCCAAUGUCAAGAUCUUCUCCGAGAAGCUGCUCUUGCUUCUGAACAGAGGGGAUGACCCUGUGCGUAUCUUCAAACAUGAGCCACAGCCACCACACUCAAUCCUCAAGUUCCUGCAGGAUGUGUUCAGCAGCCCUACCACAGCUGCCAUCUUCUACCACACAGACAUGAUGGCACUUAUUGACAUCACUGUUCGGCAGAUUGCGGACCUGUCACCUGGAGACAAGCUGCGCAUGGAGUACCUUUCUCUGAUGCAUGCCGUGGUCCGCUCCACACCCUACCUGCAGCACCGCCAUCGGCUGCCUGACCUGCAGGCCACACUGCGGCGCAUCCUGACUGAGGAGGAGGCUUCACCCCAAUGCCAAAUGGACCGAAUGAUUGUCCGAGAGAUGUGCAAGGAAUUCCCAGUGCUGGGGGAGGCCCCCAGCUAGCACCUUCCUUUUCUCCCUUCCCUGCAGCCCUGGUCAGGGUGCAGGGAACUCAUGAUAAGAAUGUUUUGCACUGAUAGUGUGAGGGGAUAAUGGAGUAGAAGGGACCUGAGCAGGGCCCCCCCACCUGAAGUAGAACUAAUGCAAGGAGCCAAGUAUAGGAUUGGGGACCAUGGUCUGGGAGCUUUGCUGGGCAGAAGAAAUGUGCAAGUUGGAGCGCCUCUAUACCCUGAUAGGCUGCCUCUUCAGCAUGCCACCCCCUGUACCUAUGUGCAUACCCAGAAUCCUGCUGCUGCUCCAGGCUGGGCCAGGGCCCUCAUCCCUAUCCCACCUGCUCUGAGUCCUGAGCCUCAGCAAGCCAUGUCCUUGGGGGUGAGGGAAGCUACCUCUCACCAGUUCUGUACUUUGCCUUAGCUUUGCAGUGGGUGUUGCUCAUGUGCAAUUCUGUCCCCUGUAAGGAUCGGUGUCACCAACCCUCGCCUCAUUUUCAACCCCAGAGGCCUUGUCCAAAUUGCUGCUUGAAAGCGGACUCUUGGGAGACAGUCCAUCCAUCCUGGAGCCUCACGAGACAAGGUGAUGGCACUGAGAAAGCCAAUGAUAGAGUCUAUUUUCUCUAAAAAUGACCGAAAAGCCAUGUGUAUUUUCCUAUGUGCUACAGCUCACCUUGAGAAAUAAA